AUGUGCAACCUGCACAGUGUCCACGACCUGCAGUCCAUUGCCAUGGUCAGCAAAGGCUUUUUGCGGACUUUUCAACGCAAUCAGUCUAACCUAGUCAGCCAUUUGGUAUUCAAGACGUCCCGAGCCGCGUGGGAGCUUCGCCGCAGUAUACUUGCUAUGAAAGGAUCAAACACCUUUGUCUUGAAAGACUUCAAUCGGGAUUGCAGCACCCUUGCCGCCCUCAAAGCUUAUAUCGUAGCUCACUGUAGCUCGAGCUGCAAACCAAGUACACUUGUCGGCCUUCUCGGUCAAGACGAAAGAAGAGGGGCCGAGAUUGACGAUGCUCUCUGGCGCAUAUGGACUUUCUGCACAUUAUUCGGCAACACCGUCGGACGACCGGGAGGCUCCAAGAUAGAGAUCGACUGGCUCAAUGGCAGCAGAGCGCCGAAUAACAAACAGCUAGGUGCCGGUUUUGCUGUCGGCAAUGGACAAGGACUCACCAUCCAAGAACUCGAGGACAUGAACGAGAUGUGGCAGUGCUUACAAGCCCUUCUCUCUGGCUUCCGAGGCAGGGAAGACGAGGCCAAACAGUUUGGUGUCUUUGAUAACGGGCACCUUCAGGAGACGAUGAUGGAGAGCGAACACCUUGCCGAGUGGAUCUCGUAUCUCCUCUCACUGGGGCCCCAGACAAUCCUUUCUGUGUCUUCGUGUUCAUUUGAACGGGCGAGGAUGCUCGGAUUGACAAAUUGGUCUGCUUCACUCGCAGGGGAAAGUCGCACAUCCUUCCUACUGGCGUCUAUCACACAGGUUUACCAAGAAAGAGUCCUGGAAGAAGCUACCUUGAAGGCCAUCCGAUUUUCACUUCCCCGCGCCCCUAUUCACCGGCCUACCAGAUCAUUUGAAGAGCGACAAGAAUCAUCUAUUCCACCCCACCGGGCAGCCACGCGCCAGCCACAAUCUCUGCGGAUCGAUACCUCCAACACUAGAAGGCGCCCAAUAUCGGUUGACGCCCUUGGAAAUGCCAGGCUGGAGAUUCGCCCAGACUGUGAUCCGGCUAGAUCUCAUGACCGGACUUCCCACGCGUUUCUUGCCUCACCAACGGCAGACCCAACACUGUUUUAUGCCUUGAAUACAACCUCCACUGCGAGCACCAAGCUUGGCGCCACGCUUUUCCCAAUGGACUACGCCAACCCGACACCUCGAGUGCCUUUUCCUGCUCCCGAAAAGCCAGCAGCGACGGGGACUGGGGUGGUGGAUCCGGUUGACAAAGCAAUGGCAUUCCUAGUACGCGAACUGGGCUUUAAUGAGUCAAGAGCGAGAAAAGCACUUGCCAUGUGUGAUACCGGCUCUGGGAUUGACUUGCAGAAAGCCGUUGAUCUGCUGGCAGUCGACUUGAAAGCUUCCAAGGAACAGUUCUCGUUGCCAGUGGAACUGCCCACGCCUGUUGAGGUUCCGAGUCCGAACAGGCUCAGAAAGCAGUCCAAACCCUAUUGCGAUGGCCAGUGUAAACAGCCAGGCACCAUGACCCAUUCGCGGAGCCGGUCCGAAGGUGCUAUCACUGACAUUUCCAUCAGUCCCGUGUCUGCAACGAACGAAAGUGAAUGGCAAGAUACAAUGUCUCCACUAGUUGCUUCGCCCAUGUCAGCCAAUCGAGCAAGGGCUGCUGCAAUGCAUCGCGGACCAAGCAGGCCGGCGAAGACGUGGAAAGUCCUCGGCAUGGACACCAAGCUGAAGCGGAAGAACACCGUACUUGGCAUAGAUGAGUAUCAGGCCAAAGUCGAACGGAGGAAGAGCAUACGAGCCGUAAACGAAGCUUCCGAUCCGCGGGCCAAAGACAGCAUGAGCAAGAAUCUUCUUGGUCUAGGACUGGCAGCUGUGGGCAGUCCGGCAGCCAAAGGCCCCGGAGAGCAACCUGAGCAUGUCCGUCAACAAGAGAGGUACAAGAAGGGGAAGAGCAGCGCCAGCUGCAUGCCUAGAUAUGCAUGA